AUGUCAUCAAACAAUGGCGCUUGCGCAAGCUGUAAAUAUUACUACAAGAUACUAUCAUUCCUAAUAUCUCCUUGCAUCCUAAUCAGCAGUCAAAGCACCACAACAACAGCCCCGCGAAAAGCAAUCACCCAAACCAUAAUAAUAAAUAGUUCAACAGACAACAUGGCUGAGUCCACCUCUCCAAUUCCCUUCAAGCGUCUCGAGCAGAUUGCUUCCGAUGCCUGCAACAGCGUUCUCGAGAACGUCGAGUUUUACGAGCACCCCAAGACCGCAGGAUGGAAUGAGACCAUUAUCCAAAAAGUCCUCAAGGCGCUAAUGUCCGAGGCCACCCCCGCCGGCGCCUCAUCCCCCCAGUACAAGUUCGCCAUCAACAGCACCAUCGUCCAGCACGUCGUCCCCACCUCCCAGCUCAACAAGCCGACAAGUACAGGCACCACCGACGCCGAGGCUGCUGCCGCGGCGAAGAAGCAGGCUGGCCGCCGGGGCAUGCACAGCGCGACGGGCGGUUACUGGAACGAGAAGACGGAUGGAAUGUGGAGCUACAAGUGGGAUGGCGAUGCCAAGGGGCUGGAUGUGGUGUUGAUGCUUAUCUGGAUUGCCGUUUAG